AUGGUCGACAGCGAAGCGAACUCACCCACGUGGAAGUUCACCCAGUGCUUCGGCGACAAGGGCGAUGUCGAGGAUAUCACCGAAGCCGACAUCAUCUCCACGGUUGAGUUUGACCACACUGGAAAUUAUCUAGCUACGGGCGAUAAAGGUGGCCGGGUCGUUCUCUUUGAGCGUAACGAGACGAAAAAGUCUUGCGAGUACAAGUUCCACACCGAGUUCCAGUCUCACGAGCCAGAAUUUGAUUAUCUCAAAUCGCUUGAGAUUGAGGAGAAGAUCAAUAAGAUCAAGUGGUGCCGUCGGCAAAAUGCUUCCCACUACCUCUUGUCCACCAAUGACAAAACCAUCAAGCUCUGGAAGGUGUUCGAGAAGUCGCUCAAGGUUGUGGCAGAGAACAACCUCUCUCACGAUGCCACGCCCGCCAACAUUGCCGGUGGUGGCGGAGCCCCCCGACCCCUUGCCACGACGCAACACUUUCGCAAUGCCGCCGAUCUCAAACUGCCUCGCCUGACGCACCAUGACACGGUCGUCGCGGCCGUUCCCCGUCGAACCUAUGCCAACGCCCACGCCUACCACAUCAAUAGCAUUUCCGUCAACAGCGAUGGCGAGACAUUCAUCAGCAGCGACGACUUACGAAUCAACCUUUGGAACCUCAACAUUCAAGACCAGAGUUUCAACAUCGUCGACAUCAAGCCCGCCAACAUGGAGGAACUCACCGAGGUCAUCACCGCCGCCGAGUUCCACCCGCUCAGCUGCAACUGGUUCAUGUACGCCAGCUCCAAGGGCACAAUCAAGCUUGCCGACAUGCGCGAGAGUGCGCUGUGCGAUCAACACGCCAAACUCUUUGAGCAAGAAGAAGAUCCGUCUUCGCGGUCCUUCUUCUCGGAAAUCAUUUCGUCCAUUUCCGACGUGCGCUUCUCCUACGACGGGCGGUAUAUUCUGUCUCGCGACUAUCUUACCGUCAAGAUAUGGGACAUCAACAUGGAGCGGCAGCCCGUCAAGACAAUACCCAUCCACGAACAUUUACGGCCAAGGCUGUGUGACACGUACGAAAACGAUAGCAUCUUCGACAAGUUCGAAGUUGUUUUCUCUGGCGAUGCGAAGAAUGUUAUGACGGGCAGCUACAACAACAACUUCAUGAUCUAUCCUUCAGACCCUGAAAAGGAAGUCGAGGUUGUUCUCCAAGCAGACAAGUCGGCUUUCAAGGCCAAAAAGAAUGGUUCACGAGCCGGCAGCCCGGCUGGAGGGGCGCAAAGGAUGCGCAAGGAGACGGAUGCGGACCAAAUCGACUUUAACAAGAAGAUACUGCACAUGAGUUGGCAUCCGUUCGAGGACAGCAUCGCCAUUGCCGCGACGAACAAUCUCUUUGUCUUCUCGGCAUUGUGA